CAAUUCUUCAACAUGCGCUUUACACCUAUUGUUUCUUUCUUGGCCCUGGCCGCCUCUGCCAACGCCGCGGUCAGCGCCUCGCAAAUGACGGCCAACAUUGACGCGAUCACUCAGCAGUCGUCUGACACCAACGACAUUGCUAAGGGUAUCUCUGUCACAACCCUCUUUAGCGAUACUCCUCAAUUGAUCGACAACUUCAAGCAGAUCAUUUACAAUGUUGGAAAUGACAUUUCCGCUAUGAAUAGCAAGCGCUCCAUCGAGGCUCGUCAGGAUUGCCUGGAUGUGAAGGACCUUGAUAGAUGCCUGCGCGAUCUUGGGGAGAUUGUCGAGAAUCCAUCUCAGAUUCUUGGAAAGAAGAGACAGGCCGCUUCUGCCUACAGCGACACUGAGCAGCAAGCGGUUUGCACUUCUUUCAGAAGCUUUGUUAUGGUCCACCAGCAGCUUCUGAAGACGGUGAUUGGCAAACAUGGCCUUUUGAGUCUGACCCCUUUCACCGAGCCAAUCGCUGCUGUUCUCCGCAUUCUGGAAAAUGGUGUUGAUACGCUCGCCUUAGGGAUCAUUGACAGUGUCCCAACCUGUGCUCAGGAUGCCACUCAGAAUUUGAACAGCUUGGAUAGUACUCUUGGUGAUGCUCUGGAUAAGUACUCGCAAUAA